AUGAAGCCCGUUAUCGGCCUCCUCGCGGUAGCCGGCUUGGUCUACCGAGCCUGGGCUCGAAAGUCACUCACGCCGCUGGGUCUCAUCGUCGCCGGAGCGUCAGCGACCGCACAUGCCCUCCACCCGUGGUCUACACCUUUCGCGCUCCUUGCGGUGUUUUACUAUGGGGGGACGAAAGUUACAAAGGUCAAACAUGAAAUCAAAGCACAGAAGACACUGUCAGCAACGGGCUCAGAAGGGGGUGAAGGACCCCGCAACCAUCUCCAAGUCCUGGCGAACUCGGUUGUCGCGACCGUUCUUAGCAUUGCGCAUGCAGUUGUUCUAUCAAAGAGCUCCUCCUCGGAGUCCUGCUUCUCCCUUGGCCAGAGUCCCGCCGAUAUCCUCAUGGUCGGCAUCGUGGCAAACUACGCUGCGGUUGCUGCUGAUACCUUCUCCUCCGAACUCGGCAUCCUAUCCAAGUCGAACCCACGUCUGAUCACCUCCCUCAAUCUCCGCGAAGUUCCCCCCGGUACAAACGGCGGUGUUACAGCAGCUGGUCUUGGUGCAGGUCUCCUAGGAUCAUUUAGUGUUGCCUUGACAUCCGCCCUCGUUCUUCCCUUCUGCCCCGGCAAAUCCGGUAUCCAAGAUCGCGCCCUCUGGACCGUUGCAAUGACUUGCUGGGGUCUGCUUGGAAGUGUUCUGGACAGUGUACUUGGCGGGUUACUCCAGGCGAGCGUUGUCGAUAAGAGGAGUGGUAAGGUCGUGGAAGGCAGUGGUGGACGAAAGGUUCUCAUUCACCCGAGCUCCACGAAACCAGCGGGCACUACUGGCAAUGGCCCAUCAGCCGAAGUAUCGGGCAGCACGCAUCUGCGUAAUACGGAGGCCGUUGCCAAUGCGGCCACCUUGCGAGGAAGCCGUACUACCGGCACCUCGGUAGGAACCCAAGGUGGCCGUCCUCAUGAUGAGAGCCACGAGAGUCGACGCCUCGAGACCGGUCGCGACUGGCUGGACAACAAUGGCGUGAAUCUGCUUAUGGCCUUCCUCAUGAGCGUGGGAGCUAUGGGUAUCUCGCAGUGGGUCUGGGGACUUGACAUGCGGGAGUUGUGGGUGUAG